UGCUGCCUCAUUUUAUCUGGAUUUACUCAGAACAAGACGGUGACACGGCCCAUGGCUACCUGUGUGUGCUGGUGCAGGCUUGGUGCCUGUCGGGAGGUGCCUGGUAGGGCCGGGAGCUGCACAUGAGGACCAGCGAGGCUCACAAUAUUGUGACAGGUGGCGCUGGGGAGUUACCACGGCGAGCGGCUGGCUGGCUGCAGUGUUUUGGUUAGCACUGGUCAAUCUUGCCCUACACGCUCUAUUAACCAGUGUUUCCGUCUUCCCGACACCUUCUUCCUGCACCAAGCACCGUCAAGCAUCACCAGAGAGGCACGAGUACGUAAGCUAUCCAACAUCAGAACAGUAUAUGAAUAUGGCAAAUGCUGUUUUGACAUCAUUUCCUGCCAUCCUGAGAAACAGUGAUCUCGAGGAGCACGAAUUGCAGCUGCAAUGGAAAUUGCGCAUCCAGCGCAAGUUUCAGAAUUCAAGAAAGAGGCAGGAUUCCUCAGUGACUGAGGUGAUGUCAAGGAAAAAGAAGAUCCCUUGCAUAGCGCCAAAAGAGACUACGUGUCCACUGAUGUAUGGAGUAAAGGCUUACCUUCCACCAAGGCCCCAUUCAGAAGAUGAUGAGUCAUUAGAGAGACAUAGACAGUGGCUUGCUCUACAUUGGAUGAAAAAAGAUCCCGAGUUAGAUAAGAUAAUCAAGGAGUUCCUGAGAUUAGAACCACAAGCAGUUUUGAAAGGGCUGGAGAAAUAUAGGCUCGCAAUAAUUGCCAUUCUCAAAAAAAGAAAAGCAGUUCCUCUGUAUAUGGAAACCUUACUUGAACUCUAUGACCACAAUGAAAGUCAAUAUGCUUGCUUAGUUAUAUUGGGGUUACUUCACCUGCUUGGAGAAAGGAAAGACUCCAUUUUUACUAAGGGCACUGGUAUAGCAGUGGGCUAUACUGGUGCCAGUUUGCUGUCUUCCUACGUGGCCUAUCUCUCACCAUGGGUUCCUGCGUGGCUGUGGUUAGCUGUGGGGUCUGUGAUGGUUCUGGGAGUCAUGAUCACAGCUAUCAGUACUGUUGGUGCUAUUUCUACCUUAGCACCAAAUCCUAAGGCCUUCAAAAUGUGUCUUUCAUUACUGCUGAUGGUAAUAGUAACUGAAAUGGGCACUACAAUGUUAGUGUAUCAGAAGAAGGCAUUGUUCCUGAACUCCCUCACCCUUCACAUGAAACAAGAAAUGGAAGUGAGUGAAGCAGCCUAUGGCGUAAAUAUUUCUGACACUCAGAUGUGGGAUGAAAUUCAGCUUGAGAUGAAUUGUUGUGGAACAGAAGACUACGAGGACUGGUUUGACACAACCUUUGGGAAUGGGACAGAUGUUCCUGACUCCUGCUGUUUGCUCAUUUCUGAAGGGUGUGGGAAAGGCAUAAAGAAUGAUGUCACCCCUGAAGAUGAUAUUGAGACACAGGGUUGCCUUCCCACAAUAAUAGACGACCUUAAGCGUGAUGGCGAAACACUAAGUCGAGGAGUGUGGCUGCCAGUGUGUGCCAUGCAUGUUGCUCUGCUGGUUCUUCUGUUGGCUACAUCAGUAUUCCUUCACGAGGGUUACACUGACAGCAAUUUCCGGGUGUACUCUAGCUCUGAUGUUUUGCCGAGUCCCACUCGCAAGUACAAAACUCUCGUUAAUGACUGUUGAAAUUAUUUUGUUAAAAUUAUUUUAUAAAAAAUGUGUUCUGCUCAUAUAAUUAUAUAAUGUUAUGCAGGAAAAGCAAAUAUGUUGGAAGCAUUGAAAUAUUUGUUUGAUUAAAUUUUCUUUUCAAUAUUGGAUUAGAACUUUGUAGUAUUAUUUAGAAUUGUGCAGUUUACCAAGAUCAUAUUAUUUAAAAUUGUGCAGUUUACCAAGAUCAUAUUAUUUAAAAUUGUGCAGUUUACCAAGACCAUAGUAUUUAAAAUUGUGCAGUUUACCAAGACCAUAGUAUUUAAAAUUGUGCAGUUUACCAAAACUGUAGCCUUAAGUGACAGGUAAAGCUGAACAAUGAAAGCAUUACUUGGCUGGUGUGUGUGUGUGUGUGUGUGUGUGUGUGUGUGUGUGUGUGUGUGUGUGUGUAAUCUGAAAGUAACUGACUGAAGGUAUUUUUCCUUAAUGUAUUGCUUUUUUCCUAUAUGUGCUCCAAGGAAAGCAGGCCUUGUUGAAUUGAUAUACUCUUAGAAAAAAAAAGUACUCAUGUUUUCCAAGUCAGUAAAUCAUAUGAGAAAGAAAAUAUUAUCAUGCACGAUCAACAAUAGCUGAUCUCGUAAAGAUAGUGGCCUGUUAUAGAUAUUUUGAGCAUAAAGCAAAACUGAUUAAUGUGUUUUGGCACGAAGAAUACUCUAAAUUGUAGACUUAAUUUCACACAAGUAACUGAUUUUUACACAAUUCUGCUUAUGAAGGAUAACAAAACAAUGUUUAAUGGACAAUACUGAAAGAUGAAUCUCUGGGGUGGUAUUUGCUCACAAAUUGUGUGAUGUGGUCAGGGUAGAGUGGUGAGUCUUGCCUGUGAUGAAAUUAAGAAGAAUCUCCGUGGCGGCACUCAGGGAAAGAAGGGGCAGGGUUGUGAAUACCUUCCCUAGGAAUGACACUAUUAGGAGGCAGAAUGCAGGUGUAUGGUUGGAGGCAGAAUGCAUUGUGUGGCUGAAGUGGAGUGUGUGUGAUUGUAAGACUGGAAAAUUAGCCUUCAUGUGUUUCUUAUUAGGUAACAGAUUGGGCAAAGAGGUGGUAUGGAUGUAAUUAGAUAGCAGAUGGUGAAUUGUAUGAGUAGGUGCAAGGGUGUAGAGAAUGGGGAUUGUGUGUUAGAGGUUGAGAGAGGGGGUAUACAGUGUUAAUGAAUGAGUUAGGUACAGGCAGGGUAUACUGACAAUAUUUCUACUUAACAUCACCAGCAAAGUGAAGUGAAGCAUAAGUGAUUACUGUGAUGUUAGUUUUUAUUGUCUUUCAGAAAUUAAGUUGUAUCUUUCAUAAAACAGCUUAUAAGGCAUUAGAAGUGAUACUCCUUGGCUAGUGGGGGGUAAAAAUUUGUAGUCAAGUAUUCUGUACUCUGCAAUCUUGUUUCUCAGUUGCUUUUUUCUUCAAUAACACAAGGAAUAUGGGAACACAUUCCAAAAUUCGGCAUCCAAGAUAAUAUAGCAAUGGAAGUGUGUGUGUGUGUGUGUGUGUGUGUGUGUGUGUGUGUGUGUGUGUGUGUGUGUGUGUGUGUGU